CAGCUUGUAUUGAUUACUUGACAAACACUGAUUGAGUGGUAGGCUACAUUGUUAUGGGCAGGGCAGCAGUUUAUAAACGAGAGAGCACUCUGUGGAUGUAGAUGCAGGGGGAGAGCACAGGUGAGCUGAGCUCCUACGGCGGUGCAGAAUGGCUCUGAGACUCGACUCUGCUCUCUGCUGGGUAGUUCUGGUGCAGCUGCUCGGUCUGCAGAUCCUGGCAGAGCCCUUGAAGGAGGCACCAGUUAGUCUCUCUGUGGUCAGCGAUGUCUCCAACGAGGCUCCACAGCUUUACCACACCUCAGCUCUGCCCCGUGGUUCGCUCCUGGGGGCUUUGAAAAGACUACAGGACGCAAACAGUGAUUUCAAAUUUACUGGGACGGAGGAUCCUGACUAUGGUUUUUACCUGGAAAGCGUGAACGGUGUGGCUGGAAGUGAAUCUGACCACACCUACUGGCAAAUACUGACCGAUGUCCAUGGAAGCCCGACCCCUAUAGAUGUUGGAGUUGGUUGCUAUACCCCAAAACCUUAUGAACAUAUCAUUCUGAAGUUAACAACUUGGUGAACAAGAAGUAUGAGAUGACUCAAUAAGUGAUAGCCUAUUCAAAUUAACGUCCUGCUUACUAUAAAUAAAAGUGAUUGAAAAACAAAUGCAUCAUUACUGAAUAAAAGCCAAUUGUGCAGUGUCA